AUGGUGCAUGCUUCAGCUCCCACCUUGUGCUGUGGGAACCUUAGUUGGGUGGGUGAUGCUUUUCUGAGCACUCCCGCUCCGAUGCCUGGUGCGUCUGCGUUGUCUGCUCACAUCUCAGGCGCCCGGAUGAGACGCUCCCCGUGCGGCAGUGCCUUUGCAUUGGCGGUCGUCACAGGUCUUCUGCAUCUCGAAGCGGCUGCAUACACCCCGCUUGUUUCACCAGGGACCGGAGUACCACAUUAUCUUGGAGUGCCAGCGGGGAAGCUGCUGCGAAAGCACCAGCCACCUCGUGUCCUGGAUCACCGACAGAAACACGCAGUUGCCAUCGAUGGCCAUGCGAACCUAGUGGACGUGGGCAGGAGUUUCAACCUCGGUCGGCCAGAAUCAUUGGCCGCACAGGAGCCAGAAGCCGAAGCGGCUGCAGCAGAAGCUCCCGCGGAAGAAGCUCCUGCGGAAGAAGCUCCCGCUGAAGAGGGCGCAGAAGCCGCUUCUGGUGAGGGCGAGGCCGCAACGGAAACUGCGGCGGAGGAGGGUGCAGAAGCCUCUACUGACGCCACGGAGGGUGCAGCGGCUGGAGGUUCAGAAGGUGCAAAGGACGCAGCAGAGGGCACGGCGGAGGGUGCAUCGGCAGCUGCAGCCGAGGGUGGGGCGAGUGAAGCUGCUACUGAGGCCACCGCCGAGGGCUCGGUUGCAGCAAGCGCGGAGGGUGCGACAGCUGGCGCCGCUGCAACCCCUGCAGCGGCUGCUGUAGCCGGUGCCGUCGUGGAGGGCAGUGUCGCUGGCACAACCGGCGCAGCCACCACUGCAGCAGCAACCACAGUAGCAGCCGUAGCGGCUGCAGCAACAACAGCAGUUCCCACUACGGUGGCUUUGGCAGCAGGUAAGGCGCAGCACCACAAGGUCAAAGCUGUCGCUCCUGCCGCAAAGGGAACGGGUGCUGCAAAGGGCACAAAGGCAGCGACCAGCAAUGGUACUCCAGGAGCCGGCUUGCCGUGGAAGGGCAUCAUUCUGGUGCUUUCCAUCGUCGCUCUGGUCGUCUUCCUCGGACCUAAGCUCUAUGAGAUGGCAACAGCGAAGCCACCCCUUCCCGGCCGCCUCAACGAGAUCAAGAGCGAGCCAUCGGAUCAGCAGGUCUGGGCUUCCUCGAAAGCUCGCCAAACCUACAGGAAAUCCGUGCUUGCUGCCCAGUCCAACAAGAGCAGCAGUGACAGUGAGGAUGCUGCUGCAAAGCCAGCUCCGCGUGGGAGCGCUGGAAGCGGUGGCAGCCGAGCGGAGGUCGCCAAGGGUUCCGCGGCCGCGUCACCGAAGGAGGCCAAGGAGGCCAAGGAGGGCGGCAAGGAGGCCAAGGACGCCGGUGGCACCGCAUCCCGGGAAGAGGCCCCGAGAGCUUCCACCAGCAGCCGCCAGCGCUCUCCAUCGGCUUCCUCGGGCUCGUAUCGUGCAAGGCGAACAGCUGCCAACAAAUCCUCCGGGAACUGGCCGGGACUUCGAUGCAGAAACACGGAGGAUUCUCCAUAUCGAUGCCUGAUGGAGGUCGAGCAGAGACACCUUGCUGCAGCGAGGAAGGAUCCAGCAACCGGGCUGCCGAUUUGCGGCACCUGUGCCCGUUUGGGGCACCCGCUCUGCGGCCUCAGGUACUGGAUCACGUUGCGAGCAGCCUGGCUCAGGUUGCCUGAGGAGCUCGUGGCGGAAGAGCCUCACAGUUUCGAGGAUCCUGGCUCUGUGCAGAUCGCCAGGCAAGCACAGAUAGGCUUCGUGCGGGAGAUCAGUGAGGGCGAAGCAGAAGAUCUUGAGGACUGCCUGGAUGCCAUUCAAAGGCCGUUCCCGCUGCUGCGGAGGCCUAUUCCUUUAUCGCAGGCCGGUACUUGCAGAAAGAGGAGCUUUCUUGCUGCGGGUGGGGGGAGAGCAAUUAAGAUAAGCAUGUGGCUGCAACAUGCCUUGUCCUAUCCCUGA